UAUCAACUUUUUGGAUUUUAAAUACGAUUUUAUGAAUAAAAUGUUAGUGUUAAAUGUAGUUUAUAUUAAAUCUUAACUAACUAAACACCUUACGGUCCACCGUGUUACUAUAAACCAAAGAUAAAAUGCAUUUCCUUUAGAAACUAGUCAGUAGAAAAUUCGCCCUAAAUUUUGUUAAUUUGUUUUUCUCAUCGGAGUAUAACAUGUAAUAAUCGUUUCUUUAGUUAAAUAUAACAGUAGUUGUGAUAAAAAACCUUUAUAAAAUAUACAAUUGAAGUGACUAAAACCUGUGUAAUAUAAAAUGUGUAAAUAUUUUGAUACUUUAUUAGACUGUCGUAGGUCCUAUAUUUAAUCUAAAUAGACUCAAAAUGAAAUAAUGUUAAUGUGAGAUUAAGGUACAAGUUUUCAAUAUGGUGUUGAGAUAAUUCAAAAGAGGAUUUUUUUGUGAAUGUUAUUGAAGUGAAUUUUUGAAUUAAAAUGGUUACGAUGAAUUCAUCGGAGAAAGCUGCUCAGAAAGCCUGUCAGCAAGGCCCGUCCAGGGAGAACACAAAAUGUGUGAAGGACGAGAAAGAUAAAGACAAGGAUAAAGAGAAGGAUAAAAAAGAUAUGAUAGCGAACCUCCCGCCCAGUGUCCAAGCUCUGAUGUCUACCAUUCCUUCACCGGAGGAGUCUCCAAAUUACCUGGUGUAUAAAAAGAUGGAGGCAAUCAUAGAGAAAAUGCAAGAUGAAAAUACAGGAGUGCCAGUGAAAACUGUGAAAAGCUUCAUGACCAAGAUACCGUCUGUGUUCACGGGCUCGGACCUGGUGGCGUGGCUGAACCGCCAUUUAAACCUGGAAGAGAGCUGGGAAUCACAACACAUAGGCGGACUCCUGGCUUCGCACGGAUACCUGUUCCCGAUCGACGAUCACUGCCUCUCUGUGAAAAAUGACAACACUUAUUACAGAUUUCAAACACCAUAUUUCUGGCCGUCGAACCAAUGGGAACCGGAAAAUACAGAUUAUGCCGUGUAUCUUUGCAAGCGGACUAUGCAGAACAAAGCUCGGCUAGAACUGGCCGACUAUGAGGCCGAAUCACUGGCCCGGCUGCAGAAGAUGUUCAGCCGGAAAUGGGAGUUCAUAUUUAUGCAAGCCGAAGCACAAAGCAAGGUGGACAAGAAGCGGGAUAAGCUUGAGAGGAAAGUUCUGGACAGCCAAGAGAGGGCGUUCUGGGACGUCCACAGGCCGAUGCCCGGCUGUGUUAACACCACAGAGGUGGACCCGAAGAAGCUGUCCCGGAUAAACGCCCUCAAGGCCAAACGGCUGAAACAGUGCCAGGACCUGAUCCUGCAGAAUAAUUUAAAGAACAACCCAAUCGUCACAAUAACAAACGCGCAAGAGAGCGAAGAAGCAAUACAGAAGAACGCAGAAGUAAAUGGCAAAGACAGUACUGUAAAGGAGAAUGGUGAGACCUCCCAAGGAGUAGUGGUCGCCGACGACAAAGACAAGACCAUAGAGCAACAGAUAGAGGCGGCUAAAAGACAGCUGUCAAUCCUGAAGACGCGACUGGAACGUAGGAAUGUACGCGUCAGCAAGGUUGCUGAGAUGUUUAUAUCGUACUGCGAACAGUACGCCGAGUACGACGCUCUGCUGACGCCACCAGAAUGGCCGAACCCUUGGCAGACCGAGACCACUGAGCUUUGGGAACAGGAGAAGCAGUGUAAGGAACCACUUCCAUUACGUCGCGUACGUCGCUGGUCGUUCGGUUUGCGGGAACUACUCCGCGACCCUCCGGGGAGGGAACAUUUCGCCAAGUUCCUCAGCAAGGAAUUCAGUGGAGAGAAUCUCAAGUUUUGGCUCGCUGUUCAAGAGUUGAAGUCUUUGCCCAUCCGCCGGGUGGCGACUCGCUCCAAGGAGAUCUGGAAGGAGUUCUUGGCUGCCGACGCUCCAUCGCCCAUCAAUAUCGACGCCGCCAGCAGAGAACUAACACGGGUCAAGGUGGAAUCCGGAACACCUGACCGAUAUUGUUUUGAUCAAGCGCAGGCGCACGUAUACCACCUGAUGAAGUCUGACAGCUAUUCAAGAUACCUGCGCUCGGAAAUGUACAAGGACUAUUUGAAUGGCUCCAAAAAGAAGACUUCGGUCAAAGGGAUUCGAUCCAUCGUCUCCUUCACGGGCAGGAAGGAAACAUCUUCUAAUUAAUGCACAGUCAAGCGUAUUUCUAUAUAUGGAUCGACGGAUAUACUCUCACAGGCAAGUAAGAAAAAAAUCCAGUCUCCAUAUAAAUAAGGGGGGAAAAAAAGAAAUGUCUAGAAGGAAUAUUCAUACAAGAUCUGCUUGUAAACAAAACCAAAGUUGUAUUCAAAAUAAAUAUUAAAAAUCCAGAAAUUAAAAAAAAAAACACCAAAGGUUUGAGUUUGUCAAAAAGAGGUUUUAAGACAUUUCUCUGAUAAACAAAUUAAAAAUAUGCCUAUUUGAAAUUUUGAGGAUAAAAGUUUUUUAGGAAUCAAAUUUGCGGGUUCUGAAGUUUUGUGAUU